GGGCGGUGUCAGGCUCUCGGUGGCGGCGGAGGCGUCGGAGGCCAGGGAGGAAGAUGUCGUAAUGAGCGGGAGACUUGGAUCCAGGAGGAAGAGUUUGGCAUUCCUGUGGACAGCAAAUAGACUAGCCACUACCCCUUUCCCCCAGAUUCUAGUCAAAGUUAGGGCCUCUGGAGGCCCUUCAAAGAGGAGAGAGCUGUAAAAUUUUGGAAGAUGUCUGGGUCAGAACCUCAUGGCAUUCCAGCAGAUCCACAGACGAGCAUGGCUGCCACUGCUGCUGUCAGUCCCAGUGACUACCUGCAGCCAGCCGCCACCACCCAGGACUCUCAGCCAUCCCCAUUGGCUCUGCUUGCUGCAACAUGUAGCAAAAUUGGCCCACCAGCAGUUGAAGCUGCGGUGACACCUCCUGCUCCACCCCAGCCCACACCAAGGAAACUGGUCCCUAUCAAACCUGCCCCUCUGCCUCUCAGUCCCAGCAAGAAUAGCUUCGGCAUCUUGUCCUCCAAAGGAAACAUACUGCAGAUUCAGGGCUCACAGCUAAGUACCUCCUAUCCUGGAGGCCAGCUGGUUUUUGCUAUCCAGAAUCCCACCAUGAUCAACAAAGGGACUCGAUCCAACACAAAUAUCCAGUACCAGACAGUCCCUCAGAUUCAGGCAAGCAGUUCCCAAACCAUCCAGGUGCAGCCCAAUCUCACCAACCAGAUUCAGAUCAUCCCUGGUACUAACCAAGCCAUCAUCACCCCCUCACCAUCCAGCCACAACAAGCCUGUCCCCAUCAAGCCAGCCCCUGUCCAGAAGUCUAGUACAACUACCACCCCAGUGCAGAGUGGGGCCAAUGUGGUGAAGCUGACGGGAGGGGGUGGCAAUGUGACGCUCACUCUACCUGUCAACAACCUGAUGAAUGCCAGCGAUGCAGGGGCUGCCACUCAGCUCCUGACCGAAAGCCCUCCUGCGCCUCUGUCUAAGACUAAUAAGAAAGUCAGGAAGAAGACCCUUCCUGUCUCCCAGCCGCCAGUGGCUGUAGCUGAGCAGGUGGAAACGGUGCUGAUUGAGACCACAGCAGACAACAUCAUCCAGGCAGGAAACAACCUGCUCAUUGUUCAAAGCCCAGGUGGGGGCCAGCCAGCUGUGGUCCAGCAGGUGCAAGUGGUGCCCCCCAAAGCUGAACAGCAGCAGGUGGUGCAGAUUCCCCAGCAGGCACUGCGAGUGGUGCAGGCUGCAUCUGCCACCCUCCCCACCGUCCCUCAGAAGCCCUCUCAGAGCUUUCAGAUACAGACAACUGAGUCUACACCUACUCAGGUCUAUAUCCGAACACCUUCUGGGGAGGUGCAGACUGUCCUCGUCCAGGACAGCCCCCCAGCAACAGCUGCAGCCACUUCAACCACGACCUGUAGCAGCCCUGCACCCAGAGCUCACCAUCUGAGUGGGACCAGCAAAAAGCAUUCUGCUGCAAUUCUCCGAAAAGAGCGUCCCCUGCCAAAGAUUGCACCUGCUGGAAGCAUCAUCAGCCUGAAUGCUGCACAGCUGGCGGCAGCUGCCCAAGCCAUGCAGACCAUCAACAUCAAUGGUGUUCAAGUCCAGGGUGUGCCUGUCACCAUCACCAACACGGGCGGGCAGCAGCAGCUGACAGUGCAGAACGUUUCUGGAAACAACCUCACCAUCAGUGGGCUGAGCCCCACCCAGAUCCAGCUGCAGAUGGAGCAGGCCUUGGCGGGAGAGGCCCAGCCUGGGGAGAAGCGGCGGCGCAUGGCCUGCACGUGUCCCAACUGCAAAGAUGGGGAAAAGAGGUCUGGAGAGCAGGGCAAGAAGAAGCAUGUGUGCCACAUCCCUGACUGCGGCAAGACCUUCCGGAAGACGUCUUUGCUGCGAGCCCAUGUGCGCCUGCACACUGGCGAGCGGCCCUUCGUCUGCAAUUGGUUCUUCUGUGGGAAGAGGUUCACAAGAAGCGACGAGCUCCAAAGGCAUGCUCGUACUCACACAGGGGACAAACGUUUCGAGUGUGCCCAGUGUCAGAAGCGCUUCAUGAGGAGUGACCACCUUACCAAGCAUUACAAGACCCACCUGGUCACGAAGAACUUAUAAGAGUGACUGAAGUGGGAGACCUUGAAGAUGCAAUCCUUCGUCUGUGUGGCCUGGGCCCCGGCAGACAGGCCCCACAGCUGCCCUCAGCUCGUCCUGUUCUGCAACUGUGUCCCCACAGGAGGGGCUCUGCUCUCUUCCUUCUGAAGCCCUUGGCUCUGCCCUGGCCCUUCCCUUCUCACCAAGAGCUCCUGGCCUGCCCAGACCAUGGACGCUGGCCAUGCCCAUUGAGACGUUCUGAACUAGGACGCAUGGGAACCCUAUUUCCAAAGGAAAAACAUGCAUUUCACUCCUUCAAGGAGCAAAGUGAGCCCCGCCCUGCCCCACCCCACUCCUGACACUCCCAGCACUGCCGGAGUCCCAUCUUGCCAUGCUCUCCUCCUGGGUGUGCCUCCCUGGCCCCUUCAGUCACUAGGGAUGCCCUGGGACCUUGUACCCAGCCUCCCACUGGCACUCAUCUCUGCAGAGGCUUGGGAGGCCACCUUCACUCCACUGCCCAGCCCUGCCAUGGCGCUCCUCCAGACAUUCCAACUUCCUCCUUCAAAGGUCAGAUGUCCUCGGACUCUUCCCUGCUCCCCUUUUUCUAUGGAGAACGUUGCCUUAUACUCUGUACUUCAGAUGAUGAACACUGUGUAUGUGUGUGCUUUAAAGAAGUUUUAUUUAAUUGCUCCCUUCUUCUUUUCCUUGGUAUUCAUCUCUCCCAUGCCUUUUUUGAUUUAGGAUUUGGGGGGCAAUGAUGAACAUAGGAAUUUUUUUCUCCCUCUAGCAGUUUUCUUUUCUAAGUGACACAGCAUUUCAACUCAGAUCUGACUUGACAUAAAAACAUUUCCCAUCCUAACCUUCUCCCUCCCCAUCUUGCUGCCCCAGCUGCCCAAGCUCUACUGUGUACAGUGUAUAUUGUAUAAUAGACGAUUGUGUCUACAACAUGUUUUAAGAAAAACAUAUUGCUUGUUAUUUUUGAGGCUUUUAAAUUAAAAUCCAACUUUAUUUUUAGUUGUAACUGCUUGAGGUAUGUUUUAUGAAUUAAGUGACAGAUUUGUUAUCCUUUAUUAACGAUGUACUUUGUUGGUCAGUGCUGGGCUGGCAAAAUUUUUUCUUGCUAAUAAAUUUAGUUGCCUGAGGCAAAGUCUG